UUUUAGCUAGCGAGCAUUUCUUCAUUUUUCAUCGUCUGAUCAUGAGGCAUUCAAUCAAUCGUCACGUGUUAUAUUCAGCUACAGCUAACGGCUUCAGUAGAUCAUUGCAAAGUGUCAAAACAAGUGGAACCAUGCUCUCACUGCACAUCAUCCGAACACCUUCUCUUCGUCUGCUCAGAAAAGCACCACCUCGUCACUGGAACUGCCCUGCUUUAUGCUCGCGCUGCGUAAGUGUGGUCCGAUAGGAUGGCUACCAUAAAUGAGCAGAACUGAGUCUCACGCCAUUAUUACCAUCGCGGCCUUGGCCAGUACCGUCCAGUCAUCAUGCGGUCGUUCUUCUUCUUUUUCUGUCUUCUGAUUGCUGCCAGAGCUGAACAGUCGACAUCAGGGAAUGAUACGUCGACAGAGUCGUGCGCUAACUAUAUUUCCAAGUCGGCAGAUGAUGAAUAUAUCGAUUCGGUGACGUGUAAUCAAACCUUGAUCUCUGGGACGUCUUCGUACAGAAUACAGCUAUCUUUGAAUUUGAAACAAAAGGUUUUUGGUUGGUAUUUGACUAUCAAAUUUAGUACAGACAAAAAGAAGAUGAAUGUGACGACAGUGAAUGGAGCACAACUCAUGACUUUGGAAGAAUUUGGACCAAACACGUUUGUGUUUCUCAACGAGAUGGCUGAUACUUUGACCGUGAAUCUAUCUCUUACAGUACGACUAAUUGCAAGUCAAGAUGCGUCUAAACUCAAAGUGCCGAAGAAGGAUAAUGCGAGUCCUAAGAAGGAUAGUGCGAGUCCUAAGAAACACUCUCCUCCGGCAACACCUGUGAAGCCUAAACGAGGACCAACACGUCAACAACAAGAGAACAGUCGGCACUCUUGGUGGCCUGCGGAAGUGGAGGUAACUUGUGUCCAUUGCUCUACACUUCAGGUGGUGCCUAAUAAGGCUAUAACGAAUAUGUGCAACGGUUCAGUCAUUGGGAAGCCAAAACUACGUAGUCUGCCUCCACCUCCUGACAAAAUUAAGGACAGCGUCUACAGCAUUAAAAUCAAACUUCCUAUAUUGAAACCACCCCCUCAUAAGAAGUCUAGCAGUAAUGAAGAAGAAGAACAGUUGGUGACAUGUAGACUUCAUCUCCAAUUGAACGCACGUUUGAUAUCUGUUGAACAGGGCAUUCAGAUUGAACGCAAAAGUCGAUUUAGUCAAACGCAACUGGUAGCCAAGGACAUCAGUCAAAGAGGUGACAUGGUAAUAACGUUACAAUAUGCUUCUAAUGCGACCCAAAAUUCUGCAAAUAAGAGACGGAAAGCUAAACCGGAAGAAAUACGCGUCGAAUGCAGAAGAUGUAAUAGUGACAUUACAACUGAACCUCCUACUUCUUCACCUAUGUUUGUACUAGGUGGAGAGACGACCACACAAGUUCUGACAAUUCCGUCUGAAACAACACCUCCUCCCGAUUGUAACGAAUUCAGCAAUUGCAAUGAACAGUCGACCAAUACAGCUGCUAGUCCAACUGAACGCAACAAUGCGAGUCUAACUACUGACACAGAGAAACCACCAGAAACAAACGAUCCAGAUAUCAACAUUGCUCGUACUGGAGACGAGGAAAGUAAUAAAGAUAACGAUGCCCCGGAUGGACUUUGGAUUGGAGUUGGAAUAGUCGGUGCAGUCGUUCUUGUAGGAGGUGCGGCUGCUGGAGUCAAGGUAUAUCGAAGUAUGAACCAUUCCGCUUACUCUCCGAAUUCAGAUAAGACAAAUCAGCCACCGCCCGAACCACCAGAGACCUACACUCCAAUGCAAGAAGUUAGAGCACAAGAUACAGCUCCAGUCUAUGAACAACCAAGCCCAGCUGCAGACGAGAGCCACGUUUAGUGAUGAGAAGGCAGGUGUGUGAUUAAAUAUAGUGGGUGUAGUCAAAUCAACAACAACAAAUAAUUGUAAUGAUAAUAAGGAUAUCAUACUUUUGGAGAGUAGCUUGGAAAACUCUAUCAUCUAUUGUUAACUCGAUGUUUUGUAUUGUCUGGUCAUUCUCUAGAGGAGACCAUCAUGCCAUACUUUCUCGCUAAUUGCUACCAUAGGUGAGAUACAAACAAGAGAAAUCAAGAUUA